CACUCACUUCCAGUUUUUAAUAGCUUCACAUCAACAUCAACAUCAACAUUAACAUCAACAUGUCUGGAUACUACCACAUGCCACUCCAGGGCCAGCAUGACCAGCAACAUGCUGAGCCGUCUGCCUUUCGACCUUCCCGAGCAGAGGACUGGGAACCAUACCGAGACAUCAUUGCACAUCUCUACAACACGAUGAAGCUCAAGGAUGUCAUGACCGAGAUGCAGAUGACAUACAACUUCAAAGCAACUGAGAAGCAGUACAAGACUCAGUUGAAGAAGUGGAACCUUGAUACCAAGUACAUCAAGGCAUCCGAGUACAUGGCCAUGCUUCAGAUCAUGCGUGAGCGGGAGGCCCAGGACCCAUCCAAGCAGACACGCUUCAUUCUUCGCGGGAGACCAGUAGAUCCCAAGGAUAUUGCUCGGUUUGAGAAGCGGCACCAGAAGAAAGGGACACUGAAGGAAGGGGAGCUGGCAGAGCUUCAGGGUAGGCAAAAUCUACCGUUCUUCACACAUGACCAUCAACUAAUAUAUCAACCACAGAACCUGUCGAGGACCUCAUCUAUCACACUCCUUCUCCUGAGCCAACAGGAUAUGCAUACACUGCAACCUCCGACUACGGGUCACCCUCUUCGUAUGCAACCACGUCUGCAUACGACACUUCCUCGCAAUACGCCUAUAGCUACGGCAUGUGACCCGAGCAAUGCAUCUACGACCACGCAAGGUGGCUUUCUACCCGAAUUUUUUAACGACGAGGUGCAACCGCAGAUGGGGGCGCAUCGUCGAAUUCCUUUUUUCAGCAAUAGUUCUUCCUUACACUUAAUGCACGCAUAUGGGACAACGGUAGGACAUGAUUUGGAGGCAUCUCAUCUUUCAUUUGGUGGACUGGAGGAGUAAUUGGAUACCCAUGGAUUUGAUUGGUUUGGACUUACACGGGCGUUUUUUGCUUGCAGCGGAUAGACACAUAUAGACGUG